CUGCCUGUCCUACCCGACUCCGAGAAUCCACGAUGUCCGGCAAUCAACAAGGCCAGUGGCCACCAUUCGUCGGCUACCAAAUACCCAACAUGUCUGGCAAUCAACAAGGCGACUUACCGCAAUUCGAAGUCAAUCAAGGGCCCAUGAUAUCUGGUGCUCAGCCAGGCGAAGAACCCAAGUUUGGCGAAGAUGAGACGCCUACCGGUAACAUCCUGUAUGAACACUCGCAAGCGGAUUUACAGCAGUUCGACGUCAACCAGAUGCCUACCGGUAGCAUGCAUAGAAGUCAGCAAAGCGAGUUACCGCAAUUCGACCCUAACGAAUUGCCUGGCCUGUUUGAAAAUCAGCAUGGAGAGUUACAGCACUUCGACGUCAACCAAGCGCCCAUGUUGUUUGGCGAUCAACAAGGCGUGCUACUAGAGCAUUUUGACGACGUCAACCAGAUGCCUACCGGUAGCAUGUAUGAAAGUCAGCAAGGCGAGUUACCGCAAUUCGACGCCAACGAAAUGCCUGGCAUUUAUGAAAAUCUACAGCAGUUCAACGCCAACCAGAUGCCCAUGUUGUUUGACGAUCAACAAGGCGUGCUACUAGAGCAUUUUGACGCCAACCAGAUGCCUUCCGGUAGCAUGUAUGGAAGUCAGCAAGGCGAGUCAUCUCUUUCCCCUUCCAACCCGGUGCCCAUGAUGUUUGACAAUCAACAAGGCGAGUCGUCGCUGUCCCCUGCCAACCAGGUGCCCACGAUGUCUAGCAAUCAGCAAGGCGAGUUACAGCAGUUCAACGCCACUCAAAUGCCCACGAUGUCUAGCAAUCAGCAAGGCGAGUUACAGCAGUUCAACGCCACUCAAAUGCCCACAAUGUCUAGCAAUCAGCAAGGCGAGUUACAGCAGUUCAACGCCACUCAAAUGCCCAUAAUGUCUAGCAACCAGCAAGGCGAGUUGUCGCUUUCCCCUGCCAACCAGGUGCCCACGAUGUCCAGCAAUCAGCAAGGCGAGUUGCCACAGGUCAACGCCAAUCAAAGGUCCAUGAUGUUUGGCAGUCAACAAGGCGAGUCGUCGCUUUCCCCUGCCAACCAAGCACCCCUCGGAGCUACCUCUGCUCAAGGCGGUCAAGGAGCAAAACAGUCAGCGACCAUCGAAUGCGUGAUGGCUACCUUGACACGCCUGGCGGCAAUUUGCGAAGGUAUAGAGACCACCUUGCCCAUGGACGUCUAUCGUCAGCUGCAAAGAGAUUACAAUGCCUUGGUUUCCACAGUGCAGGCGAAAAUAGACCUCUCGCGAGAACCUGCGCCUCAACCGAUACUGGAAGCUUCUAUACGCCUAGAAUCAAGGUUAUUCCAGCUCAUGCAUCACACACCUGUCGACGAUGUCGCCAGCCCGGUUCUUGGGCGACUAGCCGCCCCGCCGUGUCAGCUAGAGAGCAUGAACUCGGUAGCCAUGGCACAAACAGUCGCAACGCUGAACCAGGCCUUUCCAUGGCCAUGUCGUAGUUGCGCGAGUACAGGCAUUGCAUGCCAGAGGUCCUUCAUUGACGAACAAUGCGCCUUCUGUGAAAGCUCCAACCGAGAGUGUAAAACCAACUAUCCCAUGAACACCGGUCCACCACCAGUCAGUGGCGGUCUCGCGGGUCCGGCUGCGAACACGCGAAGACUUGUGGACAACCUCUUCCAAGAACAUCGCAAGGGGGUUCUCGAUGUUGUCCACUUGAGGGUGAGGGACGCCGAGAGACUAUGGGGAAUGAAAGAAACAUGGCUCCAUUGCAGCAUGGAGAUGGGCCUCGUUCAAAACCCGCCGGGAUGGAUGGCGGCAAGCAGAGGGUGGGCUGUGCGCGAAUGUGUCCAAGGACGACUUAGUCGGAUGAAGUUAAUGGCUCGAGACACCCCCAGAGCCUUUUCAUUCAGAAUGGGUGCAUUCGGACUAUUUCGACACGAAAUCGCACGCAACCUGUUUCAGUUGGACACGUACUGGUUGGCAGGAGAUUUUCCAGAGCAGCGUCUAGAAACCAGGAAUACGCUAGUGGAUUUACUGUCCUUCUGUAACAUCACCGCCGGGUACAUAUGCUCAGCACAGUCUUAUCUCGCGUUAGCCCACCGAGAGUUCCUGCGCGCCAAUCGUUACAUGGUCGAUCAAGGGUUUGUCGAGAUCUAGAAGGCACUGGAACCUUUUUAUGAGCAGAACGUAUACAUUGACAUUGUCAUGCAUCUGUGUCGGUUUGCCGGUCCAGAGAAACCAUAUCAUGAACAGCAGCAAUUCAACAUGAAGCACAAAGCGCUCACGAGUCUCGGUCAUUUCGCGUCCCAGUUGAUGACGAAGCAGUUAGAGCAAAGGGAGAAGCUGGAGAAUUUUUGUGAGACCUUGGUGGCUUCGAAGACGGGAGAUUUUGGCGUGACAACGAUGACGCGGGACGCGAAGGCAAAAGUGAUCAAUGAGAGGUGGGGUGAGUUGAAGAAGCGGUUGGAUGUGUACCCUGUGAAGUGGAUGAAAAGGAAUGAGUGGCUGUGGGAUACGAUUAGAGCUUUGGGUAUCAUGGAUUUGAUUCCUCCUCCUUCUUCUGGAUGGGAAUUACAUGAGUUGGAGUUUUGAAUAGCGUCAUGAGCUUGAUUUGGGGAAUAACGUCAUUGUGUACGAGUUAAACCUGUAGCUUUGCAUAAGAAGAAGAACAGCGUGUGAAUAUUGAUACAUGACGGUGCCCUUC